AUGGCGACGACCGAUCCGCUCCAUCUGCUACCCGCUGAGCUUGUCCUGCGUAUACUGGAAUUCACUCCCCUGUCUGGUAUCUCCUCCCUCACCCGCCUCACCCGAAGCUGGAACACAUUCAUCGACACGACACACCAGGAUGCCAUAUACUCUGCCAAGACAUCUCGCAAUCCCAACCAGAGAGACUUUCGUGACUUUUCCUCUUUCGAAACCGACUCUUCCAGCUUCACAAGAUACUAUGCCGGCGUCACAUCAUGGAAAGACUUGUGCAAGCGACAGACACUGCUCUCCAAGAAUUGGUCGCGACGGUCCCCAAUCACAAGGGAGCUUAUAAUAGGAUCCAGUUCCUCCACCAGAGAUCCUGUCUGGCGCUUCAAACCCGACUUUAAAAGGAGACUGAUUCUUUCAACACACCACACCGGCGACAUGAAGGUCACCGACAUGGAUACCGACCAAGUGAUAUGGAGCUUGAGCCCUCAAACUGUUCGGCCUUAUGCGCAUCUCGAAUACCAAGAUGGCACGGCGGUAUGGGAUCGUGAGGGAAAUGCUCUGGAAGUCUGGAGAACUGAUCAGCCAGGAUGCCAACGAGGAGAAUUUAGACGAAUCGCGGUUCUAGAUCAUGAUUCACAGACUCGCGGUUUCCAGCUAUCGUAUGACAAUCUGUGUGUUGUCUCGACUGAUGGAAAGGGCUAUGUAUAUGAAGGCAUGACGCAGUCUGGAACGCCGAGAUUGAAGACUGAGAUUGACAUUGAGGAGGGUGCUGUUGGACACGUCUAUCAAGAUGCAGAUGUCGUCGUGUAUUCCAUGGGAGUAGAUGGCUAUUAUGUAUACGACAAGUUGGGGAAACGUCUCGGAAUUAUGGAGCCCAAGUGGUGCACAUCUAGCAACUUCCACAUCGAGGACGUCUCGCAAUCCCCAGGACGGAGACCUCAUACCGUUGAAAAUUUGAUCGGCGGUGCGAACCAAUGCACUUCUCAGAAGCCGAGUACUGUGCGGACCAAGCCCAUUCAGGUCAAAAGUGGCACCUAUCCAGACCCAGGAGAGAACAGCAUUUGGCUCGACGAUGAUGAAUGGGGUGCUGUGAGCUUGUGCGGGUCGCUCAUGGUUGGGAUAUCCAGAGGUGGACGAGUCUUUGUGUGCUCCGACUGGCGAUCCAGUCUAGAAAGUGUCGAGAAGAUGCAACUCCAUUCUUCGAUCGUGGAAUGUGACUCGGAUGGUAGUACCUUUGACUUUGGUGGCUGGCUCUCCGUCAAAGAUCAUCGAGUCCUAUUCGAGAUAGAAGGCGGACAGGUGUAYGUGCUGGGUCUUACGGACGAUAACAAGGUUGCCGUCAACAAUACCGCUCGGCCAUCUUUCAGCUUCCCCACCGGAUUCACCUCGCAACUUGCAGUUCCUGUCAGUUUCAUGGCAAUCUAUGACGAUUGCAUCAUGACAACCUACACCACCGCCUCGCAUGGAGCACUGCGACUUCCAACCAAAGCUGUACGAGCCUUGAGUCUGGCACCUGAUGUGUCUGGAAACGAUGAGGAGGCAUCGAAGGAGGUAUCCGCGCAGCAAGUAUGGGUGGCUGACGGGUUAGAUCUCUGGGCAACUUUCCUCUCUGGCGACGCUGAUUUGGCAAUGGUAGACGGCCUAGUCGCUGGAGAAGACGACUGGGAAGAUAUGGAAGAUCUGAAUUAA